UUGCAGCUAUUCUACCGUACAGACUCCAUUGUUCGCUACUCUAAAAAUAAUGGAGACAUUUACGCCAGGCUUUGUUUUUCUGAUCACAACUUCAUUUCUUUUUCUGCGCGCGUACAACAGUGAUCCAGCGAUGAAGUCUAGAAGUGUAGUUGGACAAGUCCAGUCAGGGGAGACCCAGCAAGUGACCUUGAAAAAGAAUGACCGGUCCAAGAGCACGUGUGACUAUGAAACGCUUACCUGUGAGUUGUCAACCAUGUCGACGGCUCUACCGACAAGGAUGGUGUCCAAAUCACCUGAUGAUGGUAGCGAUGUGCUGUGUGACACAAGGACAGAUGGUGGUGGAUGGAUUAUCAUGCUGCGUCGAAUAAAAGGCGAUGUGGACUUCAACCGAACAUGGCUUGACUACAAGCUUGGCUUUGGUUCAUGGGAGGGGGACUAUUGGCAUGGGUUGGAGAAGAUUCACAGCUUGACAAAAAAUGGAACGUGGGAACUGCGGAUCGACAUGAGGUACCAGGGCAAAGAUUACUACGCCAAUUACGGACAGUUCGUGCUCUUCAACGAACAACUGGACUACGCUUUCUACGUCGCCGCCUUCACCGGAAACGUCCUGGAUGAACUAGAAAUGCACACCAAUAUCCGCUUCUCUACUAAAGACUACAGCUUACUCGGCUACAAGUGCGCACAGACUCUGGGUGGGGGGUGGUGGUUUCAAGGGUGUGGUAGAGUUUACGUUUUUUUGACCGGGCUGUUCGAAACGGAUGAAGACUCGAAGGGGAUACAUUGGGAUAAUCUGACAAGCCAGUUGGAUUAUUUGGACAUGGCGGAGAUGAAAAUACGAAAAAGAUCGUCGAAAAACUACAAGUAUAAAGCGUGGGCUGGCUCCCCACCUAAACCUUAAAGCAGAAAACUAUACGUAUUUUCUUUUAUUGUAGUUAUUAAAUCUAUUGUUUUUCCUUGAAUUAAAUUAGGUAAAACCUAAAUUUUUAAAAAUACUAUGUCUUGUAUUAAAAAGAGUCUUAAAAGCUCACGACGGUUUUUUUACGUAUAAAAAUAUUGUGGUUUCUCAACGGCACAAAUUAGUGUGUGUCGUGUCGUAAAUUU